AUGAAGUAUUACUUUACACUUAAUAAUAGUAGACAAAUUCUGUCUAUCUAUCUAUCUAUCUAUCUAUCUAUCUAUCUAUCUAUCUAUCUAAAUCUCUUCAUUAUCUAUCUAUUUGUUCAUAUCUAUCUAUCUAUUUGUUCAUAUCUAUCCAUCUAUCUAUUUAUUUGUUCAUAUCUAUCUAUCUAUCUAUUCAUAUCUAUCUAUCUAUCUAUCUAUCUAAAUCUCUUCAUUAUCUAUCUGUCUGUCUAUUUGUUCAUAUCUAUCCAUCUAUCUAUUGAUUUGUUCAUAUCUAUCUAUCUAUCUAUCUAUCUAUCUAUCUAUCUAUCUAAAUCUCUUCAUUAUCUAUCUAUUUGUUCAUAUCUAUCCAUCUACCUAUAUAUUUGUUCAUAUCUAUCUAUCUAUCUAUCUAUCUAUCUAAAUCUCUUCAUUAUCUAUGUAUUUGUUCAUAUCUAUCCAUCUACCUAUUUGUUCAUAUCUAUCCAUCUAUCUAUUUACUCAUUUAUAUCUGUUCAUAUCUAUCUAUUUAUCUAUCUAAAUCUCUUCAUUAUGUAUCUAUCUAUCUAUUUGUUCAUAUUUAUCCAUCUAUCUAUUUGUUCAUAUCUAUUUAUCUAUCUAUCUAUCUAUCUAAAUCUCUUCAUUAUCUAUCUAUCUAUCUAUCUAUCUAUUUGUUCAUAUCUAUUCAUCUAUCUAUUUGUUCAUAUCUAUCUAUCUAUCUAUCUAUCUAUUUCUUCAUAUCUAUUCAUCUAUCUAUUUGUUCAUAUCUAUCUAUCUAUCUAUCUAUCUAUCUUGACUUUCUCGUUUCUUACGCGCCCCGUUCAUUAUUUCGAUCCUCGCUGUGGGCAUCGAUCUAAAGAAUUCUUUAUUUAG